AUCUCUCUCUUCUGUUCUCCUCUCCUUCUUCUAUUCUCCUCUCCUCUCUCUCCCUCUGCCUCUCUUUCUCUGCGCCGGAGGCAUCGAAAACCCUAACUCGCAGCCAUGGAUCCCGAGUCGACUCAACUCCAGCAAGCUCAACUAGCCGCUAUCCUCGGCCCCGAUCCAGGGCCCUUCGAAACCCUAAUCUCCCACCUCAUGUCCACCUCCAAUGACCAGCGCUCCCACGCCGAACUCCUUUUCAAUCUCUGCAAACAGUCCGAUCCAAACUCGCUGUCUUUGAAACUCGCCCAUCUUCUUCAGUUCUCUCCUCACAUCGAGGCUCGAGCCAUGGCCGCGAUUCUCCUCAGAAAGCAACUGACUCGGGAUGAUUCCUACCUCUGGCCGCGGCUCAGUGCGUCCACUCAGUCAUCGCUGAAAUCAAUUUUGUUAGGGUGUAUUCAGCGGGAGGAUGCGAAGAGUAUUUCGAAGAAGCUGUGCGACACCGUUUCGGAGUUGGCGUCGUCGAUUCUGCCGGAGAACGGGUGGCCGGAGCUGUUGCCGUUUAUGUUUCAGUGCGUGACCUCCGAUUCGGCGAAGCUUCAGGAGGCGGCGUUCUUGAUUUUCGCGCAGUUGGCGCAGUACAUCGGGGAAACCCUAGUUCCUCAUAUUAAGCAUCUGCACUCGGUGUUUUUGCAGAGUCUGACGUCGUCGUCGAGCUCCGAUGUGAAAAUAGCGGCCUUGAGCGCUGCGAUUAAUUUCAUUCAGUGCUUGUCGAGUUCGGCGGACCGGGAUCGGUUUCAGGACUUGUUGCCGGCGAUGAUGCGCACGCUAACAGAGGCGUUGAAUUGUGGGCAGGAGGCGACGGCGCAAGAGGCGCUCGAGUUGUUGAUCGAAUUGGCCGGGACGGAGCCGCGGUUUCUGAGACGGCAGUUGGUGGAUGUGGUGGGGUCUAUGUUACAGAUUGCGGAGGCUGAGAGCCUGGAGGAGGGGACGCGGCAUUUGGCGGUGGAGUUCGUGAUAACUCUGGCGGAGGCGAGGGAGCGCGCACCUGGGAUGAUGAGGAAGUUGCCGCAGUUUAUAAGUAGGCUUUUUGCUAUAUUGAUGAAGAUGCUGUUGGAUAUUGAGGAUGAUCCAGCGUGGCAUAGUGCGGAUAGCGAGGACGAGGAUGCGGGUGAGAGCAGUAAUUACAGUGUUGGGCAAGAGUGUUUGGAUAGGUUAGCUAUUUCAUUGGGUGGGAAUACGAUUGUACCUGUUGCUUCAGAGCUUUUGCCGGCAUAUUUGGCUGCGCCGGAGUGGCAAAAGCACCAUGCAGCUCUGAUUGCUCUUGCUCAGAUCGCAGAGGGCUGUUCAAAGGUAAUGAUAAAAAAUUUGGAGCAAGUGGUGACAAUGGUUUUGAAUACAUUCCAAGAUCCUCAUCCUCGUGUCCGAUGGGCAGCUAUUAAUGCCAUUGGGCAACUGUCCACAGACUUGGGCCCAGAUUUGCAAGUUCAGUACCAUCAACGAGUGCUUCCAGCUCUAGCUGCAUCUAUGGAUGACUUCCAGAAUCCACGGGUGCAGGCACAUGCUGCUUCAGCUGUGCUCAACUUCAGUGAGAACUGCACUCCAGAUAUUUUAACGCCAUAUUUAGAUGGAAUUGUUGGCAAAUUACUAGUACUUCUACAGAAUGGAAAACAAAUGGUGCAAGAGGGGGCCUUGACUGCUUUAGCAUCUGUUGCUGAUUCAUCUCAGGAACAUUUCCAAAAAUACUAUGAUGCAGUUAUGCCUUAUCUAAAAGCAAUAUUGAUGAAUGCAACUGACAAGUCUAACCGCAUGCUUCGUGCCAAAGCCAUGGAGUGCAUCAGUUUGGUUGGCAUGGCUGUUGGAAAAGAUAAGUUCAGGGAUGAUGCAAAGCAGGUUAUGGAAGUACUUAUGUCAUUGCAAGGAUCUCAAAUGGAGACAGAUGACCCAACAACAAGCUACAUGCUACAAGCUUGGGCCAGACUCUGCAAGUGCCUGGGACAAGACUUCCUCCCUUACAUGAGUGUUGUCAUGCCCCCUUUGCUUCAAUCUGCUCAACUUAAACCUGAUGUAACCAUUACAUCUGCUGAUUCAGACAAUGAAAUCGAAGAAUCUGAUGAUGAAAGUAUGGAGACCAUUACUCUUGGGGAUAAACGAAUAGGGAUCAAGACUAGUGUCCUGGAGGAGAAAGCCACCGCUUGCAACAUGCUAUGUUGCUAUGCCGAUGAGUUGAAGGAAGGGUUCUUUCCAUGGAUUGAUCAGGUUGCUCCAACUUUAGUUCCACUUCUCAAAUUUUAUUUCCACGAAGAAGUUAGGAAAGCUGCUGUUUCUGCCAUGCCAGAGCUACUGCGUUCAGCAAAAUUAGCUGUGGAGAAAGGUCUAGCUCAAGGUCGUAAUGAGUCAUAUGUUAAGCAAUUGUCUGACUAUAUAAUACCAGCUUUGGUGGAAGCUUUGCAUAAGGAACCUGAUACAGAAAUAUGCGCAAGUAUGCUAGAUGCACUAAAUGAAUGCUUGCAGAUAUCUGGACGAAUUCUAGAUGAAAGCCAAGUGAGAUCUAUUGUGGAUGAGAUAAAACAGGUGAUUACAGCUAGCUCAAGUAGAAAAAGAGAGAGAGCAGAGAGGACCAAAGCUGAGGACUUUGAUGCUGAGGAGGGAGAAUUGCUCAAAGAAGAAAAUGAGCAAGAAGAAGAAGUUUUUGAUCAAGUGGGUGAAAUUUUGGGAACUUUGAUCAAGACAUUCAAGGCAUCUUUCUUGCCAUUCUUUGAUGAGUUAGCUUCAUAUCUCACACCUAUGUGGGGCAAAGAUAAAACAGCCGAAGAGAGAAGGAUUGCAAUCUGCAUCUUUGAUGAUGUUGCAGAGCAAUGUCGUGAAGCGGCUCUUAAAUAUUAUGAUACAUAUCUUCCUUUCCUCUUGGAAGCUUGCAAUGACGAUAAUUCAGAUGUUCGGCAGGCAGCUGUAUACGGACUUGGUGUUUGUGCAGAAUUCGGGGGUGCUGCGUUUAAACCUCUUGUUGGAGAGGCUCUUUCAAGGCUAAAUGUCGUAAUACGGCAUCCUAAUGCACUGCAACCAGAUAAUGUAAUGGCAUAUGAUAAUGCUGUUUCUGCUCUAGGAAAAAUUUGCCAGUUUCAUCGUGACAGUAUUGAUUCAGCUCAGGUUGUUCCUGCCUGGUUGAGUUGCUUGCCAAUAAAGGGUGAUUUGAUCGAGGCCAAAGUUGUUCAUGACCAACUUUGUUCAAUGGUUGAAAUGUCAGAUAGGGAACUUCUGGGACCUAACAAUCAAUACCUUCCUCAAAUUGUUGCAGUAUUUGCUGAGGUUCUAUGUGCGGGUAAGGAUCUUGCAACAGAGCAAACCAUAAGCCGGAUGAUUAACUUGCUGAGACAACUUCAGCAGACGCUACCACCUUCCACCUUGGCCUCAACUUGGUCAUCCUUGCAGCCCCAGCAGCAGCUUGCAUUACAAUCAAUCCUCUCAUCUUAGCAUCUCUCAACUGACAAAAAGGGCUUCUUGCUGUUCAUGGAAGAACUGUUAUGUCCGGUCUGGUCAGUCGGCUUGUGUUUAGUAUAAAUAUAAAUAUAUAUUAUUUGUUACCCAUUCUUUUCCAUAAGAUGGUCCCAUCAUUCGUUUUUGCAUUAUGUUUUACACAACCUGGCGUCUGUCCGUUUGGUUUGAGCAUGAAAAGCCAACAAUGAGGAUUGAAAUGAACCCCCCUUUUUUUGUAGAAUGUGUAUAUUACGAGUGUUAUAUAGUGGGUUCUUGCUUCCAAACAAAAAAGGAAAAAGGGAAAAGGGAAAAGGGGAAGGUGAUUGUGGUUCUUGUGAGGUAUUGUGAGUUUCUCUUUCUUUCAGUGGGUGAGGUCUGAGGAUUGUUUGUGAGGCAAUUCUUACAGCAGUUUUGGUCGGAUUGUGUUUAUUUGGUUUUACCUUUGUUUUUUUUUUGGGGCAUACAUUUUAUUGUGAAAUAUUUGGACUGGAAAAAAAAUCAUAAAUGGUGAUUCUUUUCUUGCAGUUGA